GAGAAAAUAAUAUAUUCAAGUAUUUACUGGACGCAUCCUCACCAAAAUAGUGUACGCCUUUAACACAGCAGAUCAAGAAAAUAGAAUCAAAAUCUUCCCCAAAUUCCCGGGGACACCGCACUUGGAGCACCGGAUCUAGGAGGAAAUGGAGGACGACUACUGGAAUAAUCGGCAAGUUCCUCUGCAACAAUCUGCGGGUGCGCUGAAACGACCUCGCAUAGAAUAUGAUCUUCCGCCAUCUAGGGUGCCUGUGGGUCAUGAAAUGCAUUAUAAUCUGCUGGCUCAGAAUGAUGAUUAUAGUGGGUCCCCAGUAGUGAAGGAUACAGAAUCAAUUGGUUCAGCAUAUGAUCAUUAUCUUCAGAAUUUGCAAUUACCUUCUGAAGAAAGUACUCACUACGGUGGAAUAGGGUUAGGAAGAUCUGGUGGUGGUGGUGGACCUGCUCUUCCAGUACAUGAUCGCAUUGUAACGGGGCGGCCUGGUGGUGGUGGUCCAAAACCAACACCAAAUGGAAGUGGCUUGGGAUUUGGUGGUCCACUUCCAGUAGAUACAAUUGUCAGACCUCGGGAAACCCUCCCUCUACCUCCAGAUGCUUCCAGCACGCUGUACAUUGAGGGGCUUCCUCCUAACAGCACCAGAAGGGAAGUGGCUCACAUUUUUCGUCCCUUUGUAGGGUGCAGAGAAGUAAGACUUGUAAGAAAGGAAUCGAAGCAUCGUGGUGGAGAUCCUCUUGUACUUUGUUUUGUGGAUUUCAUAGACCCCGCAUGUGCAGCAACUGCUUUAAGUGCUUUGCAAGGUUAUAAGAUGGAUGAACACGAUCCAGAUUCUACUCACUUGCGACUACAAUUCUCUAAGCACCCAGGUCCUAGGUCUGCCCCUGCACCUCGUGGGAGGCGGUGAAUGUGUGCUCUGUAUGAUGGACUAGAGAUGGACGAAGCACUGUAUGUCGCGUGAUGCAAAUCGUGUCUUAUGUUACAGGGAUGGAUAGUUAAAUAAUUAUUGUAAGUUGUAAAACAUAAUAUAGCUCCCUUUUUGUGGGAGGCUGCACUAGAAUCUCUCAAUGUAGUAGCAGGUAGAGGUGAAGGUUCGUUGUGUGAUUAUUGUCAUUCUGAGACGUCUUCCAUUGUUGGAAAUGAAGUAAAAAUUUACAUUUUAAUGCAAUGUUAUGUGAACUAAUGCAUCUCA